UACGCCUACGCCAAGACAAAUACAUUCCAAUACAUUCCACUUCAAGACCACACCACGUCAAGAUGCCCAAGAACGAAAUGACCAAAGACGAUGCGGCUCGCAUCCAGAGCACUCAGGCUCAAGGAGGCAAAGACAUGUCCUCUGGAGGAUUCGCCGCUCAUGCGCAGUCUGCCGCGGACCGCGCGCAGAAUGCCGCCGCUUCGACGGGCUCUGGCAACACCGGUACUGGACAGGGUGCACAGGGCCAGAAGAAAUAGACCGCCUUCGUGGAUUGGAGACAACAAGACGAGCAGCGAAGCAAGACUUUUUGAUCUUGGCCUAGACGCCUAUUGAGCUGAAGAAACAUGGAUUGGCAAUUGGGGCAGCACACCUGACUACUUUUGUAUUGUAAAAAAAAUUAAAAAAAAUUCUGCCUCU